CCCGCGCAGUUUUCGUUUUCAGCUUCGUUUGUUUGGAGGAGAGUCUGGCAGGAUGGAAGCUCUCUGACCGCCUUCAGACCUACGCACAUCUCCGCUGCGCGCAUCACGGUUUCCCUUAGCAACGGCGGGCACACCUGUCGAGCUUCAGGCUCCAGUCAUGAGAAGAGAAAGAAGCUCGCGUCCUCUGUCUGUGCUGGUCUGCUUCAUCGCUCUGUGGCAAACACGGUCGAGAGCAGUCUGUAAUUCAACACAGAACUCCAAAGACAUUGCAACGUUCACCAAAAUCCUGGACAGUCUCCUGGAUGGGUAUGACAACAGACUCAGACCUGGCCUUGGAGACCGAGUGACAGAAGUAAAGACAAAUGUCUACGUGACCAGUUUUGGACCAGUAUCUGACACAGAUAUGGAAUACACAGUGGAUGUCUUCUUCCGUCAAAGCUGGUUGGAUGAACGGCUGAAGUUUCAUGGACCAAUGAACACCCUUCCUCUCAACAAUCUGAUGGCCAGUAAGAUUUGGACCCCUGACACAUUCUUUCACAAUGGCAAGAAAUCUGUGGCCCACAACAUGACCAUGCCCAACAAACUUCUGCGGAUCAUGGAGAAUGGAACGCUGCUCUACACCAUGAGGUUAACAGUUCAAGCUGAGUGUCCUAUGCAUCUGGAGGACUUUCCCAUGGACUCACAUUCAUGUCCUCUUAAGUUUGGCAGCUAUGCCUACACAAAGACAGAGGUAACUUACAUCUGGACAAGAAAUGCCUCCCAGUCAGUAGACGUAGCAGAUGAUGGGUCCAGGCUCAACCAGUACGACUUGGUUGGACAGACUGUUGGAAAGGAGACCAUUAAAUCCAGCACUGGCGAAUACACAGUGAUGACGGCUCAUUUCCACCUAAAGCGGAAGAUUGGAUACUUUGUGAUCCAGACGUAUCUGCCCUGCAUCAUGACAGUCAUCCUAUCCCAGGUUUCCUUCUGGCUCAACCGGGAAUCAGUGCCUGCUAGAACUGUGUUUGGAGUGACCACUGUUCUCACAAUGACGACCCUGAGUAUCAGUGCCCGUAACUCUCUGCCAAAGGUGGCCUACGCUACUGCCAUGGACUGGUUCAUCGCAGUCUGCUAUGCAUUUGUCUUUUCUGCUCUCAUUGAGUUUGCCACUGUUAACUACUUCACCAAGCGAGGCUGGGCUUGGGAUGGAAAAAGUAUUGUCAACGACAAGAAAAAGGAAGCGACUGUCAAGAGGGAGAAGAACACCUACGCCGUAGCUGUGGCAAACUACAAGCCCAACAUCACGAAAGACUCAACACUGCCCACCAUCUCCAAGUGCACUCUGAACGAGCCCAACAAGAUCACAGGAGGAACGAAGCCCGAGCAGAACAAGAAAACCUUCAACAGCGUCAGCAUUAUCGACCGCAUCUCCCGUAUUAUGUUCCCUGUGUUGUUUGGCUCCUUCAACCUAGUCUAUUGGGCCACUUACCUGAAUAGAGAAAAAGUGAUCAAGGACCUGGAUCCAGCUAAAUGAGCAGCAAGGGCCCAGCACAACAACACGCCACACAUUCAGGACAACAACGCUUAAUUACAGCUGCUUUGGUCACAUAAACCUACCUUCUCUCAUUACUGGAUACAGUUUUCAGUCAGUAUAGAGACACAUUUCUAAAUUAGUAUAGAGCACACCAAAUUGUCAUUAAAUAUUUUAUUAAAUAUAUUUUAUGAUGGAAUCCUAUAAAAUACAGCAUAAACCAGGAUAACUGAAAUGCUGCAGGGUAUAGAGUUCUGCAGUUCCCCUCAGGUUCGAAGAGGCGUUUUCUCUUCACCUUUACUAAGUUUACAAAAGCUCUUAUAAAAAUUACUGUCCACAAGCAGGUUGUGGACAGUAAUUUUUUUUUUGGAACCAAUCAGCAGAAAGAUGAGGCAAUCAGAUGUUUAUGAUAUCAGGCGAGCUGUGCAGUUUAUGGGAAUGAGCAUUCCAAGAAAAAGUACUACACUAAUCACAAAUAUCUGAUUUUUUAUUUGUUUUUCCAAAUACUGUGUAAACACACUCAGACAUAUAUAUAUUGAUAGAAAGUUUAGCCCAAAUGUUUACAUAGACUGUGUGAAAGGAAGCUGGAUGGUGGCUCAGUUGUUAACACAGGUUUUGAUGCCCAGCCGAAGUUUUUUUAUGCAUGGAGUUUGCGUGUUCUCCCUGUGCAUGGAUGGGUUCUCCCUGGGUACUCCAGCUUCCCUCCACAUUCCAAAAACAUGACUGGUGAAUUGGUUACUCUAAAUAGUCCUUAUAAAUGUGUGUGUUUGUGUGUUAUUUGUCCUGUUUAUCUCUGUGUUGCCCCGUGAUGGACUGGUGACUUCUCCACGGUUUACAUCAAUCCAGCUCGAUGACUGCUGGAGGUAGGCACCCCCGGAUCCUGCAAGGAUAGGUGGGUACACCUAUCCUUGCAAAUUUAUCACAAUUUAUAGAUGUGAUAAAUUAUAUAUAAUAAUUUUUUUCUCACUGUCUCAACAAAAUUUCUUGUUUUUGAUCAGUUUAGAUCUGUAGCACCAACGUAGCACCAAUUCUAUAAUGCUGAUUCGCAACAAAUGCUGUCACAAGGCACUUUACAAAGUAGACAAAUGCCAAUGAUUGACAGAAAUAUGAAGUCGAUUCAAUCCAAUCGCAUAGACAGACUUAAAGUUAACUGCAAUAACUGUUUGAUCCUACAAAAACAAAGCAGUAAAGUUCAGUUUAGGUCAAUUGGUAAAACGUUUUCUCAAAUAUCUCAAGUCAAAACUCAAAAAGCAAACUAAAAAGUUCACAGUGUGCUAAUACACUCAGUGACAAAAAAUCCUAACUAGUGGAGACAUGCUUUUGUCUGAUGAACACUAAAUGGAAAGAUGGCCAAGGAUCAAAAUGUCCAUUAUUACAUCUGGAAGAAAAGAGGGAAUGGUAGCGGAGGAAAAUAGCAUUAUGUGGGAAUAUUGAUGCAAAAUCUCAAGACAUCAGCCAGGAAGUAAAAGUUUGGGUGCAAAUGGGCCUGACAAAGAGGCAAUGACUGAGUCAUGUUUCCAAAUUAAUCAUAAAGUGUCUUAAGUAGAAAAAGUUACUGAUUUGGAGUGUUCAUUACAAAGCCUUGAUUUCAAUCACUUAGAAGAUUCAUGGCCAGAGCUAAAAGGUGUGUAUGAGCAAAGUGGCUUAUA